AUGAGCCCAUGGGUGGCUUCCUCAGGGGGAAUGAUGUUGGCCCAAGACGGUCAUGAGGGCUCAUGUGAGCAACUAGAGAUUGGAACCAGCACCCAAGAAAGAUUAGCUGCGAGGGAGAGGGUCACUACAGUAAUAGUUACUGCUCUCUUCAAUCAGUAUGACAUCUCAACCAGGAGUAUUUCCAGUUUCUCCCCAGCAGUAACUGGGCCCAUCAUGAGAAAUUCCCCCAGAAGCGUCGCUCUAACAGCAUCAUCCAAGGCAAAUUUACGGCCUGACCGACACGAACAACGGACAACUGCCGGUCAUGGCUUUCCACUGGAAGGGCCACUAUUCGUGGAGUGCUCGGCUUUCUCUUUUAGGCAAUCCGGGGAUGGGGCGAAUGGGGGCGCGGCGGGCGGAAAGAAGCUCCCCUCUACCAGUAACCGAAAAACUGGGGAUGGGAAAAGAAUGACCGUCAGGGUGACAGUUGGUCUGUCUCUGCCACUCCUGCUGAUCACGGGGCCUGCCUGGGCGGUUCUGGAAGCUACAUUUUAUUCGGUCGAACAUUCGACAGGGUGGUCACGCGUCGUUCGGAGAUCAUCCCGGAUCCAAUGCCAAUCUUCCAGAGCCCUUGUCCUGCACAUUAUCAGGCACCUAUCCGGGUACAGCAUGUAG